AUGAGCGGGAGCGCGAGCCGAAGAUCCGCCGGAAAGGAGAAACACACGGUGCAUUGGUUCCGCAAAGGGUUGCGCCUCCACGACAACCCCUCGCUGAAGGAAGGACUGAAAGGGGCCAAGACAUUUCGCUGCGUUUUCAUCCUCGACCCCUGGUUCGCCGGCUCCUCCAACGUCGGCAUCAACAAAUGGAGGUUUCUGUUGCAAUGUUUGGAGGAUUUGGACCAUAAUUUGCGCAAAUUGAACUCGAGAUUGUUCGUCAUACGCGGCCAACCGGCCGACGUCCUGCCGAAGCUGUUCAAAGAAUGGGGCACCACCGACCUCACCUUCGAAGAAGACCCCGAACCGUUCGGAAGAGUCAGAGACCACAACCUAACAGCACUAUGCAAUGAGUUAGGCAUAACGGUGAUCCAGCGCGUCUCCCACACGCUCUACCAUCUCCAGCAGAUUAUAGACAGAAAUGCUGGAAAGGCGCCUCUCACUUACAAUCAAUUCCUGGCCAUCAUCGCGACGAUGGGGCCGCCACCGAAACCGGACGUUCCCGUCAGCAUUUCAACCUUAAACGGCGCCGUUACACCUUUAACGGACGAUCACGAAGAAAAGUACGGAGUACCGACCUUGGAGGAACUAGGUUUCGACACCGAAGGUUUGAAUCCGCCGGUGUGGCAAGGCGGCGAAACGGAAUCUCUGGCUCGUCUGGAACGGCAUUUGGAACGGAAAGCCUGGGUGGCGUCCUUCGGCAGGCCGAAAAUGACGCCGCAGUCGCUCCUGCCGUCCCAAACGGGCCUGUCUCCGUACCUGCGAUUCGGGUGUUUGUCCACCAGGUUGUUCUAUUACCAGCUGACGGAUUUGUACAAGAAAAUUAAGAAAGCCUUUCCGCCGCUGUCGCUGCACGGCCAGCUGCUGUGGAGGGAAUUCUUCUACUGCGCCGCCACGAAGAACCCCAGCUUCGAUAAAAUGUUUGGAAAUCCGAUUUGCGUGCAAAUACCGUGGGAUAGAAACGCUGAAGCGCUAGCCAAAUGGGCCAAUGGUCAAACCGGUUUUCCCUGGAUAGACGCUAUAAUGACCCAGUUGAGGCUGGAAGGGUGGAUACACCACAUAGCCAGACACGCUGUUGCUUGUUUCCUAACGCGUGGAGACCUCUGGAUAUCUUGGGAGGAAGGAAUGAAGGUAUUCGAAGAGUUACUACUGGACGCCGAUUGGUCUGUAAACGCAGGAACUUGGAUGUGGUUGUCUUGUUCCAGUUUCUUCCAACAAUUUUUCCAUUGCUACUGCCCUAUAAAAUUCGGACGAAAAGCAGACCCUAACGGUGAUUACAUAAGAAAAUAUCUGCCGAUAUUGAAGAACAUCCCGCCUCAGUACAUUCACGAGCCGUGGUUGGCUCCUGAAAGGACUCAGCAGGCGGCGAAAUGCCUCAUCGGCAAGGACUAUCCUUUGCCGAUGAUCAACCACACGGAGGUCAGCAGGAUAAACAUACAAAGAAUGCGGCAGGUGUACGAGCAACUGGCGAAUUACAAAAUUAUGGACAACUCUAGGUAUCAAGUGAACGGAAAUUUCAAGGAACAAAUUAUGGAUAAUUCAAUUACUAACCCGUAA